GGCAACACUUGAACAACAUAACCUUCAAAUCAAGUAGUUGUUCUGCUUUCAAGGAAUAAAAAUAUUGAAAUGUUAUUGUUUUUAUCGCUUACCUAAGAGUAAAACAGACGGUUAGCAACAUGUCUUCGACGGUGCUGCACAAUUUCGUGACCAAUUUGAAGUCGAAGAACGAAACCGCUCGACUGAAAACCGUUCAAGAAUUAUCCUUAUACGCAAAAAGCGAGCUGAGAGAGGCGCCCCAAGAUGAAAUCGAUCAAUUCAUGGAGGAAUUCAACCACCAGAUAUUCGAAAUGAUUAACAGCAACGACGUAAACGAGAAGAAAGGGGGUAUUUUGGCCAUUGUGUGUUUUAUUGGCGCCGACAUGGACAAUAUGACCACGAGAAUAACGAGAUUCGCGAAUUAUUUGAGGAGAUUGUUGCCGUCCAACGAUAUUGGUGUUAUGGAACUUGUAGCUAGAACUACAGGAUUACUAGCUGAAGUAUCGGGUUCAAAAGCAUCAGAGUACAUGGAAUUUGAGGUUAAUAGAGCUUACGAGUGGCUUAGAGGCGACCGAAAUGAGGGUAAAAGACAUGCAGCAGUGUUGGUUUUAAAGGAAUUGGCAAUGACAAUGCCUACAUACUUCUACCAACAAGUUUCGCAAUUUUUCGAGCUUAUAUUCUAUGCAACCCAAGACCCAAAGCCGGCGAUUCGCGAAGGGGCCAUAGAUGCUCUACGGGCUGCUCUUAUAGUUACAGCUCAAAGGGAGUUCACCAAAGAAAAUCAAAAAACAUUAUGGUACAAACAGUGUUAUGAGGAAUCCGGCAAACUCCUCACUGUAGACAGAGGUGAGAAGGUUAGAGAUGAGAGAGUUCACGGUUCAUUGUUGAUUUUAAACGAAUUGCUGCGUUUUUCCAACGCUCAGUGGGAACGGAAGUACACGCAACUUUUGGAAACCACCGACACUAAAUCUAGCAUCGAAUUCGAUCAAUUUACGUUCGAAAGGCCUCUGUUUAUGUAUAAUUUGCCCAAUAAGAAGUCUAGCACGCAUAUUUUGCCCAAGUUGUUGCCAGAGAAGCCUUUGAUAUUGGAGUCUGUUGUUUGCAGGCAGCUGGUGUCUGAAAAGUUUGAGUAUAUUUGUCUUGAUGUGCUGGCACAGAGAUUCACUUCAAAGUAUACAUAUGUGCAACAAGCCAUAUUAACUAUUUUACCAAGAUUGGCAGCUUUUGAUAAACAGCUGUUCAAAGUGCAUUUGCCUUCAACUAUGCAAUAUUUGUUUAAUAUUUUGCAGGGUAGAGAGAAGAACAAGAACUUUGCCUUUGUUACUAUAGGUCUUAUUGCGGUUGCAGUGGAAGAACAAAUGGAACCAUACGUGGAAAAGAUCAUGGAACACAUCAAAAUGACCCUACCCAGGGGCGAAUUCGUCAGCAAAAAACGCGUUCCGAUCGAUUCCAGCGUUUUUAAAUGCAUCACAUUCCUAGGGAGAGCUCUAAAAUCGCACGACAAAAUGGAAAUACCGGCCCUGCUAAAUCAAAUGUUGGCCACCGGCCUCACCCAAUCCUUAACCGUGUGCCUUAGAGAGCUGGCCAAGAGGUGUCCGGCGCACAAGGAGAAAAUCAGUUUGGGUCUCCUCAAGAUGCUUUCGAUUAUCUUGCUGAGCAAAAACCUGACUCACCCCGGCAUGCCCAGGCAUUUAGCGAUGAACGUCAUGCCUCUGACGGGCACUUCUGAAAGCACGACGCAAAUCAUAGUCCUGGCCCUGCACACCCUAGGGACGUUCGAUUUCGAGGGCCAGCGACUCCUGCCUUUCGUCGAAAGGUGCGCCAACUACUUUUUGGCGCACGAGCAGACCGAGAUCCGACUCGAAGCCGUGAGGACGACGUGCCGUUUGUUGCGGCACGCUAUCAGAAGCACUGCCAAAAACCCAUCGGAGAACAUAUCGAAAACGGUCGGUUACGUCUUGCACAGGCUUCUGGAGGUCGGCCUCACCGACACCGAGGCCAGCGUGAGGUACGGGGUUCUGGUCUCGCUGGAUUCCACGUUCGAUCACCAUCUAGCCCAAGCCGAAUCCCUAGGCGCUUUAUUUAUCUCCCUGCAAGACGAAAAAUUCGAAAUCCGCGAGGUUGCCUUAUUCAUGAUCGGCCGUCUGAGCUCCAUGAACCCCGCCUACGUGAUGCCUUACCUUAGGAAGGCCCUGGUUCAACUUUUAACCGAGCUGGAACACUCCGGUACCGGUAGAAAUAAAGAGCAAGGCGCCAAGAUGCUGGAUAGGUUGGUGGUUAGCGCGCCCAGACUAAUACGGCCCUACAUGGAACCUAUUUUAAAGGUCCUCGUUCCUAAGUUAAAAGAACCAGAACCCAAUCCAGGGGUCGUUUUAUCGGUACUAACCACCAUAGGUGACCUAGCUGAAGUGACAGGUGGCGAUUCAGAGUUGCAACACUGGAUGUCGGAGUUAAUGGAAAAAUUGCUUGACAUCUUAAGCGACGCUUCCGUCCCUGAAAAAAGAGGGGCCGCUCUGUGCACCCUAGCUAAGCUUGUGGGGGCGACGGGGCACGUGAUCCGCCCCUACAACAACUAUCCCAGCUUGCUGGACGUUCUGAUAAACUUCUUGAAGUUCGAGCAGCAGCCCUACAUCAGACGGGAGACUAUAAGGGUUCUGGGUCUGUUAGGCGCCCUGGACCCCUACAAACACAAAAUGAACCGCGGCGAGAUUGAUUAUCAACCCGAAGCGCCCAUGUUGAUUCCGAUGUCGGAUAAAAGUGUCGGCGACGACGAGGGUUUGAAUUCCAGCGAGAUGCUGGUAACGAUGAGUUCCAGCACGCUGGAAGAGUACUUUCUAGCCAUGGCCAUCACAACGCUGAUGAAAAUUUUGAAGGACCCCACCUUAUCGCAGCACCACACCAUGGUGGUGCAAGCCGUCACUUUCACGUUUAAAAGUUUGGGGAUAAAAUGCGUGCCCUAUAUUGCUCAGGUUCUUCCAAGUCUUUUGAAUGUGGUGCGCACCGCCGAACUGCCUUUCAGGGAGUUUUUGUUCCAACAAUUGGCGCAACUGAUUUCGAUCGUCAAGCAGCACAUAAGAAACUACUUGGACGACAUCUGUAGCUUGGUUAAGGAGUUUUGGACGCCCAGUAGCACGAUCCAGAGCACCAUUAUACAUUUACUGGAAAAUAUAGCUACCGCUCUCGGUGCCGAGUUUAAAGUUUACUUGCCGCGGUUGAUACCGCAAAUAUUGAGAGUUCUGCAUCACGACACGUCGAAAGAUAGAAGACACACCAUUAAAUUGUUGGAAGCUCUGCAUAAAUUCGGGAACAAUCUAGAUGAUUAUAUGCACCUAAUUUUACCUCCUAUUGUAAAGUUAUUCGAUGCUGAAGACUGCCCAACCGCCGUGUCGAAACAAGCUUUGGAAACUAUAGACCAACUAGCCGAAAUAAUAGAUUUUUCGGAUUUUAUAUCUAGAAUCGUGCACCCUCUGGUGAGGACCAUCGACCAUUGCCCCGAACUUCGACCCAUCGCCAUGGAGACCUUGUACUCGCUGGUGAUACAAUUGGGCCGGAAAUUCGUCAUCUUCGUGCCGAUGGUCAACAAAGUGAUACACAAGCACAAAAUACCCAGCAAGGAGUGGGACAUGCUGGUGAGCAGGAUCAACAUAGAGACCACGAUGGCGGAGGAAACCGACUUGGUCAAGCCGCGAUUCAGGGGCAAAGACAAGAGCAGGGUGGAUCCCGAGGUUGUGCUCGACAGCGGCGCCAUGCAGCGCUUGAAGGUGCUGGAACCCAACCUGCAGCAAGCCUGGGCGCAAGUGAGGAGAGCCUCGAAGGACGACUGGUUGGAGUGGUUAAGGCGGCUCAGCAUUGAGCUGCUAAAGCAAUCGCCCAUUCCAGCUCUACGUUCCUGUUUCCCUCUGGCGCAAACAUACUCGCAACUGCCCAGAGAUUUGUUCAACGCCGCUUUCGUUAGCUGUUGGACGGAGCUGAGCGAGACCAUGCAGAAAGAUUUGAUGCAAUGCCUGGAGAAAGCUUUGACCGUUGACGUUCCGGAGAUUACUCAAACGAUACUGAAUCUGGCCGAGUUUAUGGAGCACUGCGAUAAAGGUCCGCUGCCUCUGGACGGGCAUUUGCUGGGGGAACACGCGAUGCGGUGCAGGGCGUACGCCAAGGCUCUCUACUACAAGGAGGAGGAAUUCUUGCAGGUGGAGUCCGGGGAGUACAACGGGCACAUAGUGGAAGCGUUGAUUUCCAUCAACAACAAGUUGCAGCAGAAAGAGGCCGCGGAAGGCCUGCUGCAGCACGUGAUGCAGAAGGGGGGCGACCAAGUGCAGGUGAGGUGGUACGAGAAGCUGCACAACUGGGACAAAGCUUUGGGCAUGUACAAGGAGAAGUUGGAGGGCGGGGGUUUCGACGAGGAGGCGUGCCUGGGGCAGAUGCGUUGCCUGGAAGCUCUGAGCGAGUGGGGGAGUCUUCACGACGUGGUCGAGAAGAAUUUCUCCGUUUUGUCCGACGACAACGUGCAGAAAGCCAGCCGACUGGCGGCUGCGUCGGCCUUCGGGCUGCACGAUUGGGAAUCCAUGGAGCGAUACGUGAACGUUAUACCCGAGGAUUCCCUCGACGGGUCCUUCUACAGAGCCAUACUGAACAUCCACAAGGAGAACUACAAAAAAUCCCAAGAAUACAUCCACAUGGCGAGAGACUUGCUGGAUACGGAACUGACGGCGAUGGCUUGCGAGUCCUAUCAGAGAGCUUACGGUGCUAUGGUGCAAGUGCAAAUGCUCAGCGAACUCGAGGAGGUCAUGCAUUACAAGUUGGUGCCUGAAAGGAGGGCCACGUUGAGAGAAAUGUGGUGGCAGAGGCUGCAAAGCGGGCAGAGACUCGCCGAAGACUGGCAAAGGAUCAUACAGAUACACUCUUUGGUGCUAAGACCCCACGAGGACAUACACACGUGGCUGAAGUACGCCUCGCUGUGCAGGAAGAGCGGGUCAGUGAAAUUGUCGCACAAAACACUGGUGAUGUUGAUGGGAUACGACCCUCAGUUGAACCCCGAUAAACCGUUACCGGUCACUCAACCACACGUAACUUUCGCGUAUACCAAACAUUUAUGGGCUACCGAUAAUAAGGAGGAAGCGUUUAAUAAGUUGUCGCAAUUUUUGGAGCAGUACGAUAGACCCGAUGCCGAAGAACCGUCCUAUGAUAUCGAUGAUAAAAGAAACGUUUUGGCUAGAUGUUACUUGAAGUUGGGUUCUUGGCAGGAAGCUAGGGAAGGUAUAUCGCGAACUUCGAUUUUGCCCGUGUUAAGAUCCUACCAAUCGGCCACCGAAAACGACCCGAAGUGGUACAAAGCGUGGCAUUCGUGGGCCUACAUGAACUUCGAAACGGUUCUCUAUUACAAAAACAAAAGUAGCGCCGACAACUUGGCGGAGAACUUGGUGAAACAAGACUUCCAAGACGACAAAGGCAUCGACUUCACCAAGCUGAUUGUCUCUGCCGUGCAAGGCUUCUUCAAGUCUAUUAACUUGUCCAAAGGAAGCUCCUUGCAGGACACUCUGAGGUUGCUGACGUUGUGGUUCGAUUUCGGCCAGAUGCCUCAAGUUUCCGACGCCUUGGUGGACGGCAUAAGACUGGUGGAGAAAAACACGUGGCUGCAAGUGAUACCGCAGCUGAUAGCGAGGAUGGACAACAACACCAUCAACUUGAUACACCACUUGUUGGUCGACAUAGGUAAAACUUUUCCGCAGGCGUUGGUGUACCCUCUGACGGUGGCAACUAAAAGCAACCAGGCGUGGAGGAAAUGCGCGUCGAACAAAAUUUUGACGUCGAUGAGCGAGCACUCGCCCGUGCUCGUGAAUCAGGCCAAAAUAGCCUCGGAAGAGUUGAUCAGGGUCGCCAUUUUGUGGCACGAAAUUUGGCACGAGGGUUUGGAGGAAGCGUCCAGGUUGUACUUUGGGGAGAGGGAUGUCGAGGGCAUGCUGAGGAUUUUGGAGCCUCUGCACAGGAUGAUGGAGCGGGGACCGCAGACGUUGAAAGAAACCAGCUUCCAUCAGGCCUACGGGAGGGAUUUGCACGACGCUCACGAUUGGUGUCAGAGAUUUAGGGUUACAAGCAAUACGAGGGAUUUAAAUCAAGCCUGGGACUUGUACUAUCACGUGUUCAGAAGAAUUUCGAGGCAGCUUCCGCAACUGACUUCCUUGGAGUUGCAAUACGUUUCCCCCAAGUUGCAAGCCUGCAAAGACAUGGAGUUGGCAGUACCUGGCAGUUACACCCCGGGGCAGCCUGUGGUCAGGAUUUCCGAGUUCAACAGAUCACUUGAGGUUAUCACAUCGAAACAGCGUCCGAGAAAGCUGAUAAUCAGGGGUAGCAACGGUAAGGAUUACAUGUUCCUUUUGAAAGGCCACGAGGAUUUGCGCCAGGACGAAAGAGUGAUGCAACUAUUCGGGUUGGUUAACACUCUUCUUCUAAAAGACCCGGACACUUUCCGACGUAACUUGACGAUACAGAGGUACGCCGUGAUACCGUUGAGCACGAAUUCCGGACUGAUCGGUUGGGUUCCGCACUGCGACACGUUGCACACCCUCAUCAGAGAUUACAGGGAUAAAAAGAAGAUUUUGUUGAACAUCGAGCACCGAAUCAUGCUGAGGAUGGCGCCCGAUUACGAUCACCUGACUGUAAUGCAGAAGGUUGAGGUUUUCGAGCACGCGUUGGAGACGACGCAUGGCGACGAUUUAGCCAGGUUGUUGUGGCUGAAAUCCCCAUCGUCCGAGGUGUGGUUCGAUAGAAGAACCAACUACACCAGGUCGUUGGCGGUCAUGUCCAUGGUCGGUUACAUUCUUGGUUUGGGGGAUCGCCACCCGUCCAAUCUUAUGCUGGAUCGGUUGAGCGGUAAAAUACUGCACAUUGAUUUCGGCGACUGCUUCGAGGUGGCCAUGACGCGCGAGAAGUUCCCCGAAAAAAUCCCCUUCAGACUUACAAGGAUGUUAACCAAAGCCAUGGAGGUUACGGCUAUCGAAGGCACUUACAGAAGAACCUGCGAAUCCGUCAUGUCGGUGCUACACAGGAAUAAAGACAGCCUCAUGGCCGUCUUAGAAGCUUUCGUGUACGACCCUCUGCUAAACUGGAGACUCAUGGAUACUGGUACGAGAAAUCAGCGGUCCAAUCCCGGGGAGGAGAACUCCUUCUCCACCGCUACCUCGCAGGACCCGGACAUGAUAGAAUCCUUGACGAUGACCAUAGGGAAGAGAAGCGUUUUGGCCUCGGACGUUCCGGACGACUCCCAACCGGAAGCCGUCAACAAAAAGGCGGUCGUCAUCAUUAACAGAGUGCGGGAUAAACUGACAGGUCAGGAUUUCAACACCGAGAAAUCCCUGACGGUCUCCAAGCAAGUCGACCUGUUGAUACAACAGGCAACAAGCAAUGAGAACUUGUGCCAGUGCUAUAUUGGGUGGUGCCCCUUCUGGUAAUUUUUUAUUUUAUUCUGCUUAAUUAUACUGCAACAAGCAAUGUUUUAGUUCCUGUAUAUAUAAUUAUUUAUAAGUUUUAUUAAGUAAAAUAAAAAUGAGUAAAUAUU